CCUGUAGCUGGACCAGUAAAAACAGCCUGGCUUAUUGCAGGCACUUCAUGGAGGUUACAGGUCAAUUCACAGAUCAUUGCUUCCUACAUACAGGCUUUAAUGUUAUAGAAUGUGAAAUCUAGAUAAUCGGAAUCUAUUUUAAUCUCUUUAAAGUCUUUGUUUUAAAAUUUGAUUGAAUUAUUUUUUUUUGCAUGAGCAACAUAAAUUAAUUCCUGUGCAAAACUUUUUGAAAACUUAACCAUCUUUUUUUUUCUCAUGAGAAUUAUUUCUUUAUCUAUGUCAUCUUUCUUGUUCUUUAAAGCAAUUUGUCUAAUCCUGUCUCUUUAAGAGGAGUGAGGGGCGGGAACUCUGUGCCUUGGCUGUAGGUUCAGCGCCCGACUCUCCAGCUGAGAUUUUUCUGUUAUGAGUUUGGUAUUUCCUCUGGGUACGCAGACAGAAGGCCCACAUCGGGUCCUCUCUGCUGUGAGAAGAGGGCCGUUUUAAAUUCUGGAUGUUCUGGAUGUUGUGAAAGAGGAUCGUGGGCCCAGGCAGAGUGAGUCUCCGGAGCGACAUCAUGGGUUAGUGCACACUCGUGCGCCGUUCCGGCAGCCAGCAUGACUGUAUACACACUGAAUCUCAGGGUCUUCUGGCCCCUGGUUACCUUCCUCCUCACUGGCCUUCUGUUGCUGCUACACAGAUCUCUACACAGGGGCCCAGACUCUUCCCCCGCAGACUGCCCCGACAAAGCCUUAGGGCCUCUCUUACUCGCCUUAUUUGCGCUGGGUUUCAUUCUCCGCUACUUCUUCAAAUAUUGCUUUUCUCGACGAAGGAGGAACAAGCGGGUCUUCCGGGAGCUUCCCGAGGUGACUUGUCGAGUGGCCCCCUGCAGGAAGGAGCAGCUGGAGAGUUACUAUGAGCGGCACGUGCGCUUGUCCCCGCACGUCCUCGGACACGGCAAGGCGCAUGUGACCAAGCUGGUCAGCGAGCUGGUGAGGGCUGGUCGUACUGAGAAGCCUCCCGAAGCAUCCUUUGCCUUCAGGGGAGACUUUGUGCAGAUCGGCAGCUGUUAUGAGGAACACAAGGUGAGCCGUCCGGACUGCUUUGACAUCCUGGUCCCUCUGCACCUACCUCGUGGCCUGAAGGUGGCGCUGGUGACCCUUUCGUGUAGAGAGGGUGGGAUGCUGCCUCUCUGUAGUCUGGAGACUCCCCGAGCUUCUGCCUGGUUGCGUGAGCACAGGGCCUUCGCUGGGAGCUUCCUGAGAUUGAGUGGGACAGGCGGAGCAUACAGGCUAUCCCCAGGUGCUGUCCUCCACUGGUUCUACCUGGCAAUUCAGCGCUGCCUUGCCGCUGUGCGCCAGCCUUUCGAGUGGCACUGUUCCCUGGGCCUGUCGCUGUGUAACUCCCGUGUCAUGCUACGCCUCACACCACUCUCUGACUACGUGUGCUGCCACAUCUGCAUGGGUGUGCGCCUCAUCCCCGCGGUGCCGCUGGCAGACGGCUCCUACCUGGUCGGCUCUGUGUGCGGCCCCCAGCAGGGGGAGCUCUGGACUCCAUACUUUCCCCGUCAGGAGCAGAGGCUGCUGGGCUGGCUGAGGAGCCGGCUUCCAGCCAGAUCCUGCCACCUGAAGUGUCUGCAGAUGAUAAAGGCUCUGAGGGACCUUGGAGGGCAGGCUCUGGACAGCCAUGGUGGGGGAGAGUGGAGGGAGGUCCUGUCGUCAUACGCGCUCAAGACGGCAUGGCUGCGCCUUUUGCUCACAGUGCCCCCGGAGGCGUGGAGGGACCACUGCUUUCUGGACAGACUUGAGGACCUUCUGCAGAACCUGAAGGAGAGCCUACGUCAGCGGGAACUGAGACACAUGUUCCUUGGGGGCGACACAGAGCUGCUGCCCAGCUUCCUCACCUUACCUAAGAUGUUCAGGGACUCUGCUCCGUCCAACCUCUUAGUGGGCUUCCACCCCACGUCCCUCGACUCGGUUUGUGCCCACCUUUCCUAUUUCUGGGCACACCUGCCUUGGUUUAUUCAUCUAGGCCAGUGCCCACCAACUGCUGGACUCCGGUCCGCAUCAAGGCCAAAAUACAGUUGAAUCCCAAUAGAGAACUGCUCAGUGACAACGCCCUUACUGAAAUAUGGCUUAGGGCUUGUUUCUUUACAGGGAUCAAGGUCAGUGCUGGCACUUUUACAGCAGAACUCAUUCGCUACAGCAAGGUUGCUGCUUGAGCAGCUGUCACUGGAUGCUGGUAGCACUGCAGGGACAUCGUGUCCGGAAGCCCUUGUGGUUGUUCUCAGGAACCGCGGGAGCAGCCUUCUGUGUUUCCGUCAGGAGACCCGGUGCUGAAGGGGAGUGGGAAAAACCUCCUUAGAGCUAUCAAAUGAAAUCCUGGGCUGUCAUGUGCUGUUAAACUGGAAUUAAAUUGUGACAGUGUUAAAAGUUGGAAGUCACAAAUUCACAUUAUAUCUAUUAUUUGCAAAGCAAAAUUAUUUGCUGCUCCUCUUAAGUAAUAAUAAAAAUAUAGCAUCGUUCAAAGUGUCAGACCUUUUCAUUAUCACAGCCUUGAAGGGCCACAGGUGCCAUUUCGUACCCUUAAUGGGUGACAUUUAACACCUUUAGUUCGGGAGAAGCCUUGUUGUUUUUGUGACAAUGAAGCGGCUUAUGCUGCACGAUUGGGGCUAGCAGGAGGCAGGCUUGUGAGAAAGCCGCAUUUCCUGUCUGGAGGCCGUGAGAAUGUGCAAAUAUUCAGCAGAGACCAGCCACGACUGGAACAGGGCAGGGAUAUUUCCAUCUCAAGGACAGGGCAUUUUUCAUGAACUGCGAGUGCCACUAGAUAUUUGUGCAAGUUUCAUGUGACACGAUAUGGUCUCAUGUGGUCCUUGUCUUUGCUGGUAGUGGUACACAUGGGACCUGGCUUACAUCAACAAAUAGUUUGCAGCUGUGAUGUGUACUGUGAUGUGUACUGACUGAACUGUCAUAGACUAGCGUCCCCUUUGGGUGCUCACUGUAUUAUUCCAAAGAUUGGCUCCAGGUCCCCGUAACUCUAAUGGGACAACAAGAUGCUGAAUAUAGGGAGAUAAAACGUUUCCUUCUCUAUUUCAAACAUAAAAAACAGUGUGGAACACUGUAGUUAGAACAGCAUUCGAUAAAUUUUUGGCUACCAAACAGAUCCUUAAAAAUAAUUGUUCCUGUUUCUAAAGUAGAAACAUGCAAUCUUUUUUGGAAAUAAUGAGAAAAUUAAAUGUUCUAUUUUGCAUAUUAUGGUCAAGGAGAGAUUAUCUGUGUGCAGGGGGGUACAAACCACUACAGGCUGGACAGAGGAAAGGGAGAUGUAGGGAAGAGAUGUGUCAUCGGAGUAAGAAUAUGUUAGAGGCGAACAGGAACAUGACAGUAGGAACAAGACUAUUUUAGUGGAAUGAAGAGGAAUGUCACUAUUAAUAAGAAGAAAUUAUUCCGAGGAAGAUCAAUAGGAUGAUCUUACUGAUGUUAAUGUUGCAUUUUCCAUACUAAGAUUCACACAUUAAAGUCCUUUAAACCCACUUAACAUGAAUAAACUGAAUUUAAUUGUUAUACAACUAUUGUGGUAUUUAUUAUGGAACAGUGGUAACAGUUCAUGCAGUGCAGUGCAAUAAUUUAUUUAUAUAGUUUUAUUAUUGCAUUAUAUAUGUAAAAUAUUCAUUCUUCAUGCUAAUUGACUCAUGAGAUGAGUUACUUUGUUUGUAGAUUCAGAGGUUCCUGCCUUAGCCAGGUGUUUUUAAGAGAGACCAUGGCAAAUUUCAAGGAGAAACUGUUCUUUGUCCUUUUGAAUGUUCUUCCACCAUGGU